AUGGCACCAUAUGAUGACUGGAACAAGCUGGACGAAGAGGAGGAGCAGGAGUUGGAAGAUACCUCCUUCUACGACGCUCGCAGAGAUGUGAUACUGUUUGCCAUUGAUUGCUCUUCUUCUAUGCUCGAGCUUCGUGACGACCCCACAUAUGAAGAAGGGGAGGUUAAGACAUGUCAUCUACUUGUCGCACUGCAGUCCGCGAUGGAGAUAUCGAAGAAGAAAGUGCUAGUAGGGCCGAAUGAUUCCAUUGGAAUUCUGUUCUUCAAUACAACGAGGAGGAAUCAAAAGGGAGACAACAUGGGUCAAUCUUCUGAAAUUAAACCCGGCGCCUACGUUUACCAACCCAUAUCGACCGUGAAUGCCUCCAGCAUCCAAGAGCUGAUCCGACUCCUUAAUGAAGCUCGCGAAAAUCCAUCGUAUCUUUCAGAGACAUUCCCGCCUUUGCCAGAUGGCGAGAAAAUGGCCAUGGGAGACGUCUUCACCAGCUGCAACUGGGUUAUACGAGAUGGCGCUCCCAAAACAGCGACCAAGCGCAUAUUCUUAAUCACCGACGAAGAUGAUCCCACACCCUCUGGCUAUGACACCAGCGCGGCAAAAGAAAAGCUCAUAACCAGCGCGCAAACGACGUUGACCGACCUGACACAAGCCGGCAUCAUGGUCGAACCCUUCUUCAUCUCUACCGAAGAGAGGAGCUUCGAUAUCGGUAAAUUCUAUACGUCUGUCCUGAAUUCACAUAUGCUCCCUACGGAAGAGGAAGACGGAGGAGCCCUGCCCGAGCAAAUAUCCAUCACCCGCAUUGACGACCUACUAGGGCAGAUGCGCUUCCACGAAGUGCCCAAGAGAUCUCUUUUCUCCAUCGGUUUGGAGUUGGCCCCGGGGUUCAGAAUCAGCGUCAAGGGCUACGGAUUGGUGACGGAGCAGAAGAAGGGAAAGUCCAUGUAUUUCGUGGACAUGGGCGAUCGCAUGGAAGUCGCUGAGAGUCGGGCGGCAUACGUCGACGAGGACUACCAGGAGGAGCGAGACAAGUCUGAGAUACUUUUCGGGAUGGAACUCGGUUCGGCCGCGGCUUCUGCGGGCCAAGAAGACCAAGGUGCAUCCGGAGGCGGGGUCAUACGACCUGUGGAACGUGGAAAGCGCGUAUUCUACACAGCAGACGAAGUACGGGGUUUCCGAACAAUGGGGCUAGAACCAGGCCUGAAGCUGCUCGGGUUCAAAGACCGAUCAGAGCUUGCCUUCGAGGAUAACGUGAAACAUUCCGUGUUCAUAUAUCCUGACGAGAUGACAUACUCGGGCUCCAAACGCACGUUCUCGUCCUUACUCAAAUCCAUGCUGAAAAAAGACAAGAUUGCUAUUGUACUCGCCCUCCUCCGGAGGAACGCAAGCCCCACAUUUUGUGCCAUGCUACCUCAGGCAGAAAAGCAGGACGAGGCAGGCUGGAACGAUCCCGCUGGGUUUCACCUGAUUCCACUGCCGUUCGCCGAUGAUAUUCGAGCGGCAGCAUUGGAAGAAGGUUUCAGAGCAUCCGAGGAUGUCAAGAAAGCAGCGCAGUCAUGGGUAGAGAAACUUUGUUUGAAGAAUGGAACUUACGAACCCGAUUCGUAUCCAAACCCUUCCUUGGCUUUCCACAACGCGCAGUUGCAGGCCAGCGCUUUCCGUGAAGAAUACGAUCCGACAACUUUCGAGGACUUGACUCUACCAAAGAUCGAUAUGAUUCACAAGAGGGCCGGGAAGUUGAUCCAAAUGUGGAAGGAAGCUCUGGCGGAAGACCCAUCUUCAGGAGCUGUUAUCGCGACUGCCACAGGCGCGACCAAGCGCAAGGCAGAUGCAGGUGUGAACGACGCAGAAGUACGAUCAAUGUACGAGAACGGAUGGUUGACCAAGUUACGCGUGGACCAACUCAAGGAUUUCCUCAAGUCGAAGAGUUUACCGGUCUCCGGUAGAAAAGGAGAGCUAGUCGAUCGAGCGGCAGAGUGGCUGGAGUCGCAUGAGUGA